UCAGGCAAAGGUGGACAUUGAAUCUGAGUAGAGAGUCAUUUAAAGAAACAACAUAUUAAAGUGGAGCCGCAGCAACAACAACGACGCGUAUUUUGAGAUUAUUUUUAUUUCCAGUUUAAUUUUUAGCUGAAGGUCCGCACUGCGGGACUAAAACAACCCACCACGGUCACGUCAACGUACCACAAGAGAGAAUGGGCGCAGCUCCAGGAUGAAUUAAGUGAAUCAUGUCUUUCACUGUUUUAAUGUCACAUCUGCUGGUGGUUUAGGAUCACCAGCAGCACUUCGGGCUCCUCUGUCGCCAGGAACCAGCCUGGUGUCGGAUUAGCCACGAUGUUUCAAAACAACAACGAUGAGUGUGGCCUUGUGAUGAACCUCAGCGCUGCAGAACGCUGUGCAUUCGUGAAGAACACACCAGACUGUAACAUGGAAGAUGGCUUCAUCAACUACCUUCGUGUGGCCUUCUGUCUGCUUCCUCCCAACCUCACACCUCUCACCAUCACUCUCUGUAUUAUAUGGCUACUCUUUUUGUUCGUCAUUCUUGGACUUGCAGCAUCUAAAUUUUUCUGUCCCAACCUGUCAGCGAUCUCAACCAGCCUGCACCUCACUCACAACGUGGCUGGUGUGACAUUUUUGGCUCUUGGUAAUGGAGCUCCUGACAUCUUCAGUGCCAUUGCAGCUUUCUCCAACCCACACACUGCUGGGCUGGCUGUUGGAGCCUUAUUUGGAGCUGGUAUAUUUGUUACCACAGUAGUAGCAGGGAGCGUGGCGCUGGUCAAGCCUUUUGCUGUGGCCUCCCGGCCAUUUCUGCGUGACUUGAUCUUCUACAUGGUGGCAGUGUUUUGGACUUUCCUCAUGUUGUAUAGAGGAACCACGACACUUAGCGAAACACUUGGGUACCUGAGCCUCUAUGUGGUGUAUGUAUUGAUUGUUAUCAUCAGUGCGUACAUCUACAACCGGCAGAAACGUUCAAUGAACUCAAGUGUCCAGAACGCGGUACAUAUUCCAGCCGAGUUUGACUCGUCGGACUCGUCUGAUGAUGACAUCCCCUGCCUGACUGGUAGGACUCCCCAACAGGAGUAUGAGUCAGAGUACAGGCCACUUCUGCCUUACUCUGAGUCCACGAGCAAGAUCCUGCUGAGCUCUCUGAACCCGUUGGACAAUAGGGAGUGGAGGAGGAAAUCAUGGAGCUGGAGAGUCCUCAAAGUACUGAAGAUACCUCUAGAGUUCCUGCUGCUGCUCUGUAUCCCUGUAGUUGACCCUGAUAAAGAAGACAAGAACUGGAGACGCCCACUAAACUGUCUUCAUCUGAUCACUGCUCCUCUGGUGUGUGUGCUUGCCUUCCAGUCUGGAAUAUAUGGAGAUUAUAUAAUCCAAGGGCAGUUUCCCCUCUUGCUGCUGACUCUUCUGCUGGGACUUUUCCUGUCUGCCAUUGUCUUCUGCACCACCACUAACAACUGUCCUCCCAAAUAUCAUUCACUGUUUGCUCUUUUGGGCUUCGUGGUGAGUGCUGUGUUGAUCAGUGCAGCGGCCUCUGAGGUGGUCAGUCUUCUGCACAUGCUCGGUGUGGUGCUGAGUCUCAGCAACACUGUGCUGGGGCUGACUCUGUUGGCCUGGGGCAACAGCAUAGGAGAUUGUUUUUCUGACAUCACCAUCGCCCGGCAGGGUUACCCACGGAUGGCCAUAUCUGCCUGUUUUGGAGGCAUCAUCUUCAACAUGCUGUUUGGAGUAGGUUUAGGAUGUCUGGUGCAGAUGCUUGAUACACACAUGGAUGUGAAGUUUGAAGCAGAGGGUUUAUUGACGUGGAUUCUUGCAGGAGCUCUUGGUUUGUCUUUGGUCCUGUCCUUCGUCAUUGUUCCACUGUGCCGGUUUCACCUGGGUCGGACCUAUGGGAUAUUUCUCCUCAUCUUCUAUGCCAUCUUCCUCCUCAUUGCACUCCUCACAGAGUUUGGCAAGAUCCACAGUAUAUAGAUUUGACUCUGAGGUCAGUCUGAAAUGAGGGAUGUCCUCCCGUAAUGAGCAAUACAAAACUCAAUUGCACUCUAUAACUUGUUAUAUUGUGACAAUACCCCUACCUACCUACCUAAGGACACAGUGGAACAGAAGCUGCACAUAAUAUUAAUGCACUAUUUAUACAGGAAUGUACACCUUGUGUACUUGCCUGCUACCCGGAGCCGCCCUGUGGUGGGUUUGGGAAAACCAAGCAGGCAAAUGAAUGACAAAGACUUUUCUGCUCAGGGAGAGCUGAAAAUAAUCAUGACACUGUGCCUUUAUUCAACUCCUUAUUUGUGCUGACUGCUGCUAUGAUGGUACUGGUGAGUCCAGAGCAUGGGCACCGGAAGGGUUCCAAGGGACCAUUGUCCCACCACCACGCUUAAUGCAAUCUUCCCGUCCACCCUGUGUCUACAGCACAAGCGUGCAUUUUUUACUUGAUGGAUCGAAGAUAGCUCUAAGUACAAUCAAUGCAGUUGUCUGCACCGGCUCUGUGUGGGCUCAUGUUGGGCACACAGCGAGCUUGCAAUCUGUAUCAACAGUUUUGCCGUCUAUUUUCUCUGUGCGGUAAAUCUGGCAAGAAAACACACUGAUAAUCUAUUAUAAACUAUGUAAAUAAUGUAUGAAUAUAUAUGAAAUUAUCUGGUUCUGAUAAAUUAUGACAUAUGCGUCCCAUGCUUGCCAAUAUUUUUUAUUUUUCACUGUUCUGCCGGAGUUUCAUUUCCCCAGAUUUUUUUCUUCCCACAUGAUGCAAUAUAUAGAUCUACCCAUCCACUACAUUUAUAGGAAUAGUAUCAUGGCUGUUUUUUAAUGUGAUUUUUAAAUUACGUACUUAAUUCACAUAUUUGUCAGGUGUGUCUAAAUAGAGUGGCAGAGAGGAUCAGACACACACAUAGGCAGGAGAGAAUUCCCUCCCUGCAGAUCAUCACACAAGGCGAUGGUCAUUUUAACUUAAAUGUUGCAGAAGAGCUUUCGUUGUAAAUUCAUGAGGUUAUUAUAAACAGCUCUACAUGUCAUUGGAAAAAAGCAGAGGACCAGAAUCGCUGACCAGUGCUCCCACAAGGUUACAUACAUUAUAUUUAUCUACUAUUUGCAACCUGGACAGAGCAAAGUGUGCUGCUCUCUGCUCCAGUUUGAAAUGUAGGUUAAAAUACGGCCCACAUUUCCCAUCAUGCAGUGCUGGACUAAGCAGUUUAAAUUUGCGGUUUUAUGUUCCAAAAUGCAAAGGUUAAUUUUUGUUAUAUGUCUGUCCAGAACACGGUGGUUGAUGUUUGUAAUGUCCUUUUUGUGCUGGAUUAUAAUUUUAACUAUUAGUGAAGUUGCUUGGUAAUAACAUGGUAAUAGUGGCAUAAUAGUGUGAAGAUAAAGAGGUAAUAAUCAGGUAAUACUAUGUAAUUACUAAAGUAAUAACCAAGUAUUUAACCAAAAUGAUUAAGAAGGGGGAUAUAGGGAAAUGUAUGUAACAGAGUAAAGAAUAUUACCAAUAAAUAGAUACAGGUGGUUUAGCA